UCUGAGGAAGUCGACUUGACCAUGGUGUAUCAGGCAGCAUCUAAUGGAGAUGUCAAUGCUCUGACUGCUGUGAUUCGAGAGGACCCUUCUAUCCUGGAAUGCUGUGACAGUGAAGGAUGCACGCCCUUGAUGCAUGCGGUUUCUGGCCGUCAAGUGGACACCGUGAAACUGCUCUUGAAGAUGGGAGCCAACAUUAAUACCCAGGAUGCCUAUGGCCGCACCAGUUUAUGCCUGGCAACGUACCUGGGCUGGCUUGAAGGCUGUGUGAGCCUGCUCAGAAACGGUGCCAAGCACAACAUCCCCGAUAAAAAUGGCCGCCUGCCACUACAUGCUGCCACUGCGGAGCCCGAUGUGAGGCUCCUCAUAGUCCUGCUGCAGCAGUCAAGCCCUGGUGAAAUCAAUCAUCAGGACACAGAGGGGAUGACACCACUCCAUUGGGCAGCCUUCCACAACCGGCCUCAGCACACGCAGAUGCUGUUGAAGAAAGGGGCAGAUCCCACCCUCUUGGACAAGGACUUUAAAACAGCUCUCCACUGGGCGGCCCAGAGUGGAAAUAGAGUUCUGUGCUCCAUCAUUCUGAGUCAUCGUCAGGGACCGUCCAUUAUCAACUGUGACGACGACAGUGGAAAGACCUGUGUCCAUAUCGCAGCAGCUUCGGGUUUCGGCGACAUUAUUACCGAUCUGGCAAAAGUCCCUGAGUGUAACCUGCAGGCUCUGGAUAUGGAUGACAGGACACCCCUGCACUGGGCUGCAGCUGCCGGGAAAGCCGAGUGCGUCCAGUCACUGCUGGACUUGGGCAUGGACUGCAACCUGAGGGACAUGAACGAGAGCACGCCCUUGGCCUACGCUCUGUACUGCGGCCACACAGCCUGCGUCAGGCUCCUCUCCCAAGGAGGCCGAGCAGAACCUGCUCGGCCUCUUCCUUCCCAGAACAGUCGACCCCAAAAGAAGGAAGGACGUUUCAGCAUGCUCAACCAGAUCUUCUGCAAACACAAGAAAGAAGAGCAGAAAGCCAAUCACAAGAACCACAGCAGGGACAGACAUAAGGAGGACGACACCUCGGAAGUCAAUGACAUCAUCACCACCUUUGACAGCGUCGUCGUGGAUACCAACUGCCCAGAUCAGCCUGGUGACCAGGUGGCGAUGGUUGUCUUCAAGAAGAAGACCUCAGAGAAUUCAAAGUAUCUCUUGCCAGAAAGGAAACCUCUGGCCCGGAAGGGGCUCCCACCAAUCAGAACACAGAGUCUCCCACCCAUCACCCUGGGCCAGAAUCUCCUGACAGCCUCCCAUGGAGCCACUUCCCACACUGGCCUGAGCUCUGGUCCUCAGCAUCCUGCCCAACGUUCUCAGAAAAGUCGGAGUGAACAGGACUUACUAAGUAAUAGGACUGGCUGCCAGAUGUCACUAGACAAUCCCUUGAAGGGGGACACUAAUCAAGCACUCUCCUCCAAGGCUUGGACCGUGUCUUCUUCCGAUAAGUUACUAGACAGGCUAUUUGCUGGCCAGCCUGGUCACCAGGAGCCCUCCGGGCCACCUCAUCUUCCUCAUCUACAUAAUCCCUCACCAGGACAAACUCUUCAGCAUCUCUCCCCAAACAGACCUAAGUUCAGGGAUCUCCCUUUCACUCGGAACAGCCUCGCACCUCUGCCAGACCAAAAAUUUCUAUCUGGAGAACCCCUGAGAACAAACCGAGUCCUUCCAGCGAUCCCAAGCCAGCGAGGACAUGGCCCACCAGCUGAAGAGGGCGAGCGGUCUGCCGAUCCCACUCAAGAUGAAAACUAACAGACGCUCUCUGUGGAAAUCUAGAAGAUAUGUAUUUUUCAGCUCUCUAGGGGUGAGAUUACUCUAGUUUCUGUGAACAAAGUCUUAACUUAGCAAGCUGUGUUCUACAAGCCAUUCACAGUUUUAUAAUUCAAGAUUUCUUAUUUCAAACAAAUAUACUAACUGAACAUGCA